AUGAAAUAAAACUCAUAUUUUUAAUAGAGUUAGGAUUUUAAAUGUAGAGAUCAUCCUGAAAAUCUUGCUCUUUUCUGGUGUAGAUCAAAAGAUUGUAAUGAGAAUAGAAUUUUCUGUCUGAAUUGUCAAAAAUAGAAUAAACAUAUCUAGCAUUAUAAUGAAGAUGUUCUUAGUAUUCAUGAAUUAACUUAAUUUUUAAUUAAUUAAUCAAGACUACCAAAAAAUCUUAUUGAAGAAUGUCAACUUUAAUAAUAAUCAACAAUUAAAUCAUUUGAUAAACUCAUUUCUGGUUUAUCAUACAAAUUUUGUGGAAUAGAAGAUAAAUUAAAUUAAUUUAAUCAUUAUUAAACAUAAUAAGCUCUUGAUUCUUUGAUUAAAUUUGAUGAAUUUAAGAAUCAUAUGAAAAAUAAUAUUUUAGGAAGGUUAAAUAAAUUUUAGAAAAUCUUAGAUGAUCUUUUUAUUAAAUUAGAAUUACAUCUGAUUUAAUAUUAGAUUACUGAUGAAUAGAUUGAAUUCAAUAAAUAGGAAUAAUAAAAAGGUUUUGAUUAAUCUUAUUAUAGGUAUCUCUUUAAAUAAAAGUAAUAAAUAAAAUGAAGCAAUUUAGCUAUUUGA